GCUGAGCUCCCAGUGCCAAAUGAUGCAGGCAAGAGGAGGUGGAGGAGGAGGAGGAGCAUGCUGGGGAACAGGCUGGCUGGAGCGCUCUGCUCUCAGUCUCCCUCUCCCCUCGACGUGCAGAAGAGCUGUUCCUCUCUCUCUGACCCUCUCUUUCACUCUCUCACUAUCACACUUGCGGAGCCCGAUUCAGGAGGAGGGACGCUCCUGCACCCGUCCCAGCCAUGCUGCCCUGGAGACGGAGCAAAUUUGUGCUGGCAGAGGAUGAGGCCAAGGGCAAGCCCAAAAGCCUGAGCGCGGGGCUGACCUACCACUCCAUCAUCUCCUCACUAGUGCGCUCCUGCCCCGACUUGCUGCCUGACUACCCCUUUGAACGGUUGGGCAGUGUCUUUCGCACGAAGAGGCAGAAGGUAGAGCUGAACAAGGAGGAUCCUACCUACAAGGUUCGCUACCUGGGAAACGCUGUCACCCUCACCGCCAAGGGGGAGGGCUGCACGGAGGAGGCAGUUGCCAAAAUUUGGAGCAAGAGUGACUACGGAGGGCAGAGUACCAAAAUGAAGCUGACCGUUGGGCCGCAGGGCAUCCGCAUGAGCCAAGACAAAGGUGCCAAAAAACCAGGCCACCUCUAUUUCCUGCACCGCAUCACAUAUUGUGCAGCUGAUGCUCGCCGGCCCAAGAUUUUUGCCUGGGUCUACCGGCACCAGAUCAAGAACAAGGCUGUGGUGCUGCGCUGCCAUGCGGUGCUGGUCACCAAACCUGAGAAGGCUCGAGCUAUGGCUCUAAGCCUCUACCAGACCUCCACUGCUGCCUUCACUGAGUUCAAGAGGCUCAAGCGCCAAAAUGACUUCCGGCACUGCCAGCAACAGCUGCUGGGGGAUGAUGCGGUGCCUGUCAUGCCCCUGAGGAGACUGCUUAAUGGGCAGUGCCACUAUCGGCCGCCUGCUGACAAUGCCCGUGGUGCCUAUCAGCUGGGCCCCAUUACUGAGGAGGAAGAGGAGGAAGAGGAGAAUUCUGACAAGAGUGCAAAGGAGGCAAAUGUGGGGGAGAGCAAGGAAAUGCAUCGGUCCCAGGAGUGCCCCAAUCCUUCACCCGAGCAGGACUUGAAGAAGAUUGUCAAUGGGCUGAGCUCGUGCAGCAUUGGUGGCGUCAGGUGUCUGGCAAGGCAGAUUGGCAUGGGCAGACUGUUGUGAGUAGACCCCAAUGCACUCCUGGUUAGACCCACCCUCCCCAGUCCUGUGGCCUGGCUAGUCGGGAAGAGGGGGGGAAGCUGGUAGAAGACUUGCUGCAACUCUACCCUUUUUAUCCAGUACCUGCACUGUUUUCCUGGGGAUUAUUCCUGCAAGGGCUCAAACCCUCGGACCAUCGAUAGCACAACGAGGAGCAAUGAACUCUGGAGGUGACCAGGCAACAACAAAAAGAACAGUCACUUGACUCACUUUGUAUCUUUCCAACCUCUCAAGACUCAUUAGUUUCAGACUGAGCAGAAAGUGAGAUAUACUUCUCAGAUUAUUUUCUAUCAAUAUCAAAGGGUUUUUGGAGCAUUGACACCAUAGUUACUUUUGGGCUGAAGUGCUGACAGUUUUUGGAUCAUCGACACCAUAGUUACUUUUGGGCUGAAGUGCUGACAGUUUUUGGAUCAUCGGGUAAAUGGUGUUCAACAAAGACCAUUUGUCAAAGACAAUACUUUUGUUUUUCAUUGUUGAAAAAAAACAACCCUGCUGGAAUUUUCCAUAGCUGAUUAAAUCUCUUUGAGUGAGCACAUACAGUAUGUAUUCAAUCCUCGUGAGAACAAAUGAUAAAAGACACACUCACUGUUACCAGCGCACUGUAUUGACUAAUCAAGUAAGCCAUAAUUUAGGAACUGAACCGUGAGGUUGACGUAUUUAUAGCUGACAUUUAUUAGAGCCCCGCUUAUGACCUGUGCAUGACAACCAGACAGCUGGAGUUCUGUUUAGGGUUUAGCUUUUUAUGGUUAUAUGUUUUAUAUAUUGGGAGUGUUUUAGCUCUGCACUGUGAUUCCUGUACUUAAUGCAGAACUCCAUUGUGGAUGUGGUUGAUUUGCAUUACUUUUUAUAAUGCAAUAAAGACUGACAAACC